GUAGUAAAUAAUUUUUUGAUAAAGAAAAAAGCUUCAGAUAGCUAUUUCUUUUGUACACGUUCUUUAGCAGUUGGUAAUUUUCUGUUGGUACUUACCAAUAUCGCAUUUAAUUUUGAAUUGUGGUAAAAAAUGGUAAAAUUAAUAAGAGUUUUAUUUUCAUCUGCCUGUGUUUUUCUUUUGUGCAAUGUUGGCUCCUCCUCUUUUUUUGAGAGAAUGGAGGGCGAACAAUUGAUUUCGAAUUCGAUAGUUGAGGAUGAGAGAGAGCGUAAAGUUUGCGGAUACAAGUCGUGUGCAGAAGUUGAUCCAACAAAAUUGAAUAUUCAUAUUGUGGCACAUUCUCAUGACGAUGUUGGUUGGUUGAAAACGGUGAAUCAAUAUUUUUUUGGACAGAAAAAUGAAAUCCAACGAGCUGAAGUAAGGAAAAUUUUAAGUUCUUCAGUUGAGUCGCUGCAGAAAAAUCCAGAAAGACGAUUCAUUUAUGUGGAGACAUCUUUUUUGUGGAUGUGGUGGGUGAGACAAAAUAGUGCAACAAAAGCGGUGGUUCGCUCCUUGAUUAAUGAGGGGAGAUUGGAAAUUAUUGGAGGAGGCUGGAGUAUGAACGAUGAAGCAGUGACGCACUAUCAGUCGGUUAUCGAUCAAUUUACUUGGGGCUUUAGAGUUUUAAAUGACAAUUUCGGAAGAUGUGCACGACCGAAAAUCGGCUGGCAAAUCGAUCCUUUUGGACAUUCGAGAGAGCAGGCUUCAAUGUUUGCCGAAAUGGGAUUCGAUGGUCUUCUAUUCGGUCGUCUUGAUUAUCAGGAUAAAAAUAAGCGAAUGGAAACUCGAACAAUGGAAAUGAUUUGGAAGGGCAGCCCCAGUCUUGGUGCUAGUUCGAAUUUAUUUACUUCGGUACUGUACAAUCUUUAUCAACAACCAAGUGGUUUUUGUUUCGAUAUUCUUUGUUCAGAUGGUAAUUUGGAUGAUGAUCCAGAGAGCCCAAAUUAUAAUAUAGAAAACAAAGUGAAACAAUUUUUGUCGUAUGUCGAAAAGCAAAACUCUUCAUAUCGAACGAAUAAUGUAAUAAUUACCAUGGGAGGUGAUUUUACCUAUCAAGAAGCUGAAUUAUGGUUUUAUAAUUUGGACAUCCUUAUUGAGUAUAUUAACAAAAUGCACGGAUCGAAAUAUAAUGCAAUUUAUUCAACGCCAUCUUGCUACUUAAAAGCUGUUAAUGAUGCCGAAUUAUCUUGGUCAACGAAAAGUGAUGAUUUCUUUCCCUAUGCCAGUGAUGCGCAAUCUUAUUGGACUGGUUAUUAUACCUCGAGACCAAGCAUUAAAUUCUACGAAAGAAUGGGAAACAAUUUUCUGCAAAUAGUAAAGCAACUGUUGGUCUUGAAUAAUAUGCCUAACACUAAAGAAUUAAAUAGAUUUCGAAGAGCUAUGGGGAUUUUACAACAUCAUGACGCUGUUACGGGAACAGAAAAACAACAUGUCGCUGAUGAUUAUUCACGAAUUUUGGCAAUUAGCAUGAGAGAGGGACAUAAACUAAGUGCAAAUGCUUUGAGAAAUAUGAUGCGAAAAGACAAAAAUCCAGAGGAAGAAGAUUCUAUAAAGUUUCAUUCUUGCUUUCAAUUAAAUAUAAGUUCCUGCGAACACACGGAGAACAAUGGAAAAUUUGUUGUUACCGUGUACAAUCCUACGAGUCAAAAAAUUUCAUUUUACGUUCGACUUCCAGUUACUGGGACCUCGUAUCAAGUUCUAGAUUAUCAAGGAACGAAGCUCGAGACACAAAUUGUUCCAGUGCCAGAUGAUGUGUUGAAUCUUCCAGGUCGAGAAAGUUCCGCUGAAUAUGAAUUAAUUUUUUUCGCAAAAAAAGUUCCUGCUCUUGGUUAUCAAUCAUUUUACAUUAGCAGGAAAACUGAAGAAAGUGAAAUUGAAACUGAUGAUACUGAUACAUCUAUAAGUAGUAAUACAUGGACUGUUUCUGUAAAUUCAAAUGGAAAAAUUGUUGUAGAAUCAAAGACUGAUAGACACCUUACAAUGAUUCAGUCAUUUAAAUCUUAUGUCAGAAAAAGAGGACAUGAUUCAUUUAAUUUUGAGAGGUCGUCUGGAGCCUAUGUUUUUAGACCUCAAAGUAGAGCCUUGGAUCUCACCUACAAAGGAUAUUAUAAAAUAUUCAAAGGUCCAUUGGUGGAGGAAAUUCAUCUUACUUUUAAUGAUUACAUCAGUCAAGUAGUUCGAAUUUACAAUAAGGAGGACAGAAUUGAAUUCAACUGGCUAGUUGGUCCCAUCAAUAGCAGAGAUGAAGAGAUUGUCGUGAAAUAUAAAACAAUUCUUAACUCAAAGAAUAUUUUUUAUACCGACAGUAAUGGUCGUGAUAUGAUAAUGCGAACGAGAAAUGAGCGUGAAACUUGGAAUUUGAAUGUUGUUGAUAAAAUAGCAGGGAACUAUUAUCCUGUGACGACAAAAAUUUUUCUGCAAGAUCGAAAGAAAAAAUUGCGAUUAGCAGUUCUCACUGAUAGAUCACAAGGUGGUACGAGCUUGAGAAGUGGAGAACUUGAAUUAAUGAUUCAUAGGAAACUUUCUAGUGAUGAUGGAUUUGGUGUUAACGAAGCUUUACGAGAGAUUGCAUAUGGAACCGGAUUAGUUGCCAGGGGAGAGCAUUCCAUCAUUUUUGGACGUAAAUCCAGCGAAUUUAUACUUGAGGAGAAAAAGGAAGCUGUACGAUUGGCACAUCGCCCAUGGAUUUUCAUUAAUCCCGUGGAAAAUAUUUCCUAUAAAAAUUGGAAAAGGACUUACAAAAUGAAGUUUGCUGGAUUGUCAGAAUCUUUGCCACCCAACGUUCAGAUUUUAACAUUAGAACCCUGGAAACGUGGCACCGUUUUAUUGAGAUUGGAACACAUCUUCGAAUUGAAAGAAUCUAAGAAAUAUUCUAUUCCUGUCAACGUGGACAUUCAAUCAUGUGCUAAAGUGGAUCCAACAAAGGUGAAUAUUCAUAUUGUUGCACAUUCUCACGAUGAUGUUGGUUGGUUAAAAACAGUUGAUCAGUACUUUUAUGGACAUCGAAAUAAUAUUCAAAAUGCUGGUGUUCAAUAUAUUUUGAACUCUGCAGUUAAAUCAUUGCAAGAAAAUCCAGAAAGACGGUUCAUUUAUGUGGAGACAGCAUUUUUGUGGAAGUGGUGGACGAGGCAAGAUGAAAGGGUGAGAGCUACAGUUCAAAAUCUGAUUGAUGAGGGAAGAUUGGAAAUCAUUGGAGGAGGAUGGAGUAUGAAUGAUGAAGCAGUCACUCAUUAUCACUCUGUUAUAGACCAAUUUACUUGGGGUUUCAGGAUUUUAAAUGAUACUUUUGGAAAAUGUGCACGACCGAAAAUUGGCUGGCAAAUUGAUCCUUUUGGACAUUCGAGAGAGCAAGCUUCAAUGUUUGCCCAAAUGGGAUUCGAUGGAGUUCUAUUCGGUCGUCUUGAUUAUCAGGAUAAAAAUGAGCGAAUGAAAUCUCGAACAAUGGAAAUGAUUUGGAAGGGCAGUCCCAGUUUAGGUGAAAGUGCCAAUUUAUUCACAACGGUUCUAUACAAUGCUUAUAGUCCACCAGCUGGUUUUUGUUUCGAUAUUCUUUGCUCAGAUGCCCCACUGAUUGAUGAUCCAGAAAGUCCCGAUUACAAUAUUGAUAGUAGAGUGAAACAAUUUUUGGCCUUUGUCGAAAGACAGAAUUCCACGUACCGAACAAAUAAUGUAAUAAUUACCAUGGGAAAUGAUUUUAAUUAUCAAAAUGCUGACACUUGGUUCACCAAUUUGGACAAACUCAUUAAAUACACGAACAAAUUGAAUGGUUCAACGUACAAUGCAAUUUAUUCAACACCGUCCUGUUACCUAAAAGCUGUGAACGAUGCAAAAUUAUCUUGGUCAACGAAAAGUGAUGAUUUCUUUCCCUAUGCCAGUGAUCCACAUGCUUAUUGGACUGGUUACUAUACCUCGAGACCAACCAUUAAAUUCUACGAAAGAAUGGGGAAUAACUUUUUACAAGUAGUAAAACAAUUAUCGGUUUUGAAUAAUAAGGAAAAUAAUAAAAAGAUAAAUAAAUUUCGAGAAGCUAUGGGAAUAAUGCAACAUCACGACGCUGUUACGGGAACAGAAAAACAACAUGUAGCUAAUGAUUAUUCACGAAUUUUGUCCAACAGCAUGAGAGAUGGAAAUGAAUUGUGUUCUGAUAAUUUGAGAAAUAUGAUGAAAAAGAAAGAAAAUUCUGACAGUGUCGAAUUUCAUUCUUGCCUGCAAUUAAACAUCAGUUCCUGUGAGCAUACAGAGAAUAAUAAAAACUUUGUUGUCACACUAUACAAUCCUGCGAGUCAAUCUCUUUCAACUUACGUUCGAGUUCCAGUUAAAGGAGCUUCUUAUAGUGUUAAAGAUUAUCUUGGAAAGGAACUGGUCACACAGCUCGUGCCAAUACCAGCGAGUGUGUCAAAAAUUCCAGGUCGACAAAGUUUGGCGGUUCACGACUUGAUCUUUUUGGCACGGGAAAUUCCUGCCCUUGGCUAUCAAUCAUAUUAUGUUAGCGAGAAAACUCAAGAAGAGGAAAUUCAAUCUGACGAACCCAUUGAGGAAAAUCAAUCAGUCUUGUUCAUGGGUGGUGAUACGUACGAUAUUUCCGUUGAUCCAAGCGGAAGAGUGGUAAUGCAAUCGAUGGCAAAGGAAGGAAUUCGAAUGACUCAAGCAUUCCAAUUUUAUAAAGGAGCUGAGGGAAAUAAUAUGGUAUUCUCAAAUCGAUCCUCUGGAGCCUAUAUCUUCAGACCCAACGUUACUCGCUCUAUAGACUUUACUUAUACUGGGAAAUUCAAGAUAUUCAAAGGUCCUUUGGUGGAGGAACUUCAUCUCACUAUUAAUGAAUGGGUCAGUGAAGUUGUUCGAGUUUAUGCUGGAGAGGAUAGAAUUGAAUUCAGCUGGUUGAUUGGCCCCAUUGAUGUCAAUGAUAAAAUUGGUAAGGAAAUUAUUACCAAGUACACAACAAAUUUGGAGUCGAGUGGUGAAUUUUACACUGACAGUAAUGGCCGAGAAAUGUUAAAGCGCCAAAGAAAUAAACGACCCACUUGGAAUUUACAUCUUCAGGAACCAGUGGCUGGCAAUUAUUAUCCAGUGACGACAAAAAUUUCCAUGAAAGACGGAGUGAGACAAUUGAGACUAGCAGUUCUCACUGACAGAGCUCAAGGAGGUGCAAGUUUAGAAGAUGGAGAAAUUGAACUUAUGGUUCACAGAAGAUUAUUGAAAGAUGAUGCUUUUGGAGUAGAAGAAGCUCUCAAUGAGACCGCAUACGGAACAGGGUUGGUUGCAAGGGGUGAACAUACCGUUAUUUUUGGAAGUGAUUCCAAUGAAUUUAGACUUCAUGAAAAGAAGGAAGCAACACGAUUGGCUCUUCGUCCUUGGAUUUUCAUUAGUCCCGUAGAAAAUAUUUCCUAUGACGACUGGAAAAACACGUACAAAAUGCAGAGUUCUGGAUUGUCAAAAUCGUUGCCACCAAAUGUUCAAAUUCUAACUCUCGAACCUUGGAAAGAUGGAAGUGUUUUACUGAGACUCGAACACAUUUUUGAAUCAGGAGAAUCCGGCAAAUAUUCCAUUCCUGUCGAUGUGAAUAUUCAGGACCUCUUCUCAGCUUUCAUCGUGACUUCAGUUAGAGAAACAACAUUGGGAGGAAAUCAGUGGUUAGAAGAAAAUAAUCGUCUCAAAUGGAUCUCUGAGGAAAAUGACAUCUUCAAAACCAACUACUCGUCUGUGCCACUUAAUUCCGAGAAUCAAGAUGCAAUUAGCGUUGAGUUGAAACCAAUGCAAAUUCGUACAUUCAUCGUAAAACUAUCACCACGCAAGUGAUUUCCUUUUUCAUACAAAAACCAAUUUUUGCAAGUAAUUUACCAGAGGACAAAUUAUAAAAAAACAAGGAACAAAUUAAUUUUUUUGCACUUUUCUAAUUUUUUAUACUUUUCAAAAGAAAAAAAUGUUUCUUAAUUUCGGGUAAGUGUUUAAAAAAAUUUUUUUUUUUUCUAAAUAGAUGUCGAUAAAAAUUAUUCAUUAAAAUAUUUAAAAAUUGACACAUGUCAACAUUGUGUCACUCAUUUUUUCUAAAAUGUCAAAUCAGUUCUUUAAUAAUAGUAAUAAAAACAAAAAAAAAUUGUAUUUCAGGUUAAUUGAUUAAUUAACUUUGAAAAGUAUACUUUCGACAUGAAAUAAAGAAACUAAAAUAAA